CGUCGUUUGUUUUUUCGGGAUGUUCGCCGUCGCUGCUUAGACCGCGAGGGGAUCACGCCAGAUUGAGAAGGCUGCUGCCCAGUUCCUCCGGGCCGCCAUGGGUCGGGAGUCCAGAUCAACAAAGCAACAGUUGUCCAAACAAAAACAGCAUUAUCGGAAGCGCUCCUCAUCACGAGGGCGCUCUGGUAGCCGUUCUAGGAGUCGUUCUCCGUCUGACAAAAGAGCAAAACGUGGUGAUGAUAGACGUUCUAGAAGUAGAGACAGAGAUCGCAGACGUGAGAGAUCACGCAGCAGAGACAAGAGGAGAUCUCGGUCACGUGACAGGAAGCGUGUACGGCGUUCAAGAAGCAGAGAGAGGAGCAGAGAGAGGAGACGAUCACGGAGUAGAGAGAGGAGAAGAUCCAGAAGUCGAAGCAGAGGGAGACGAUCCCGAUCUUCCAGCCCUGGCAAAAACAAGAAAGUAGAAAACAGAUCCCGAUCUAAAGAAAAGGUGGAAGGGGUAGAAGUUAUGAAGGAAAAGAAAAAGGAGAAAGAAGACAAAGAAGACGAAAAGGAUAAAGAUGUUAGCAAUUUUGAUCAGAACAAACUGGAAGAAGAAAUGAGAAAACGAAAAGAGAGAGUGGAGAAAUGGAGAGAAGAGCAACGCAAGAAAGCUAUGGAAAACAUAGGAGAACUGAAAAAAGAAAUCGAAGAGAUGAAGCAAGGAAAAAAAUGGAGUUUAGAAGAUGAUGAUGAUGAUGAUGAGGAAACUGCAGAAGGGGAGAAAGAAGGUAAUGAAAUUGAAGAUGAAGAACUGGAUCCGUUAGAUGCAUACAUGGAAGAAGUCAAAGAGGAGGUCAAGAAAUUUAAUAUGAGGAGUGUGAAAGGUGGAGGUGGAAGUGAAAAGAAAACUGGGCCUACAGUUACUAAAGUAGUUACUGUGGUUAAAACCAAAAAAGCAUCUCCAGAGACAGAAAAGAAAAAAGGAGAGCUCAUGGUGAAUGACCAAGAUGCAAUGGAGUAUUCCUCUGAAGAGGAGGAGGUUGACCUUCAGACGGCAUUAACAGGCUAUCAGACCAAACAUAGGAAACUACUGGAACCUGUUGAUCAUGGGAAGAUUGAAUAUGAACCCUACAGGAAAAAUUUCUAUGUUGAAGUUCCAGAACUAGCUAAAAUGACUCAAGAAGAGGUGAAUGCAUAUAGACUGGAAAUGGAAGGAAUUACUGUCAAGGGUAAAGGAUGUCCCAAGCCAAUCAAAACUUGGGUGCAGUGUGGCAUUUCUAUGAAAAUACUGAAUUCCCUGAAAAAGCAUGGCUAUGAAAAGCCGACCCCCAUCCAGGCUCAAGCUAUACCUGCAAUUAUGAAUGGACGUGAUUUAAUCGGCAUUGCUAAAACAGGAAGUGGGAAGACUAUUGCUUUUUUGUUGCCCAUGUACAGGCACAUUAUGGAUCAGAGGCCAUUAGAAGAAGGAGAAGGUCCAAUAGCUGUCAUCAUGACUCCUACUCGAGAACUCGCUUUACAGAUUACGAAGGAAUGCAAGAAGUUCUCAAAGCCGCUUGGGCUUCGAGUUGUGUGUGUAUAUGGAGGGACAGGAAUAAGUGAGCAGAUAGCUGAACUGAAAAGAGGUGCUGAAAUCAUUGUUUGCACACCUGGCCGUAUGAUUGACAUGUUAGCAGCUAAUAACGGCCGGGUGACAAAUCUUCGGAGAGUGACGUAUGUUGUCCUUGAUGAAGCUGACAGAAUGUUCGACAUGGGCUUUGAGCCUCAGGUAAUGCGUAUUGUAGACAAUGUAAGACCUGAUCGCCAGACUGUUAUGUUCUCUGCUACCUUUCCUAGAGCCAUGGAGGCUUUAGCUCGUCGAAUACUAAGCAAGCCAAUUGAGGUCCAGGUUGGUGGCAGAAGUGUUGUCUGUUCUGAUGUGGAACAGAACGUGAUUGUCAUAGAAGAGGAGAACAAGUUCUUGAAGCUACUUGAACUCCUGGGACAUUAUCAGGAAAAAGGAGCUGUCAUCAUAUUUGUAGAUAAGCAAGAACAUGCUGAUGGAUUGCUGAAAGACUUAAUGAGAGCCUCUUAUCCCUGCCUAUCACUUCAUGGAGGUAUUGAUCAGUAUGAUAGAGACAGCAUAAUCAAUGAUUUUAAGAGUGGAGUAUGCAAACUUCUUGUGGCCACAUCUGUAGCAGCUCGAGGACUUGAUGUAAAACACCUCAUGCUUGUAGUCAACUACAGUUGUCCCAAUCAUUAUGAGGAUUACGUACACAGGGCGGGCAGAACUGGACGAGCAGGCAACAAAGGAUUUGCAUAUACUUUCAUUACUGAAGAUCAAGCACGAUAUACUGGUGAUAUAAUUAAAGCUCUGGAGUUGUCAGGUACUCCAGUUCCUGCAGAGUUGGAGAAACUUUGGAAUGACUUCAAAGAUCAGCAGAAGGCUGAGGGAAAGACAAUUAAAAAGAGCAGUGGAUUCUCUGGCAAAGGCUUCAAAUUUGAUGAAACAGAAGAGGCUUUGGCUAAUGAGCGAAAGAAGCUACAAAAAGCAGCUCUUGGCUUACAAGAUUCUGAUGAUGAGGACACAGCAGUUGAUAUUGAUGAACAGAUUGAAAGCAUGUUCAAUUCAAAGAAAAGAGUGAAGGACAUGGCAGCACCAGGCGGAACAUCUAAUGUUCCUGCCCCAACAGCUGGAAAUGCAGAAAAAUUAGAAAUUGCUAAGAGGUUGGCAUUGAGAAUCAAUGCACAGAAGAAUCUUGGAGCCGAGGCACAAGUAUUGGUCUCUUUUCAAUUUAAGGAUGUGAUGCAGCAAGCGACAAAUGCUAUCCUGAGAGGUGGUACAAUUCAGGCUCCAACUGUGUCUGCAAAAACCAUUGCUGAGCAGCUGGCUGAGAAGAUCAAUGCCAAGCUCAAUUAUGUGCCGAUAGAGAAACAAGAGGAGGAGAAACAGGAGGGGGGACAAAAUGAGUCAUUUAAGAGAUAUGAGGAAGAAUUGGAGAUCAAUGACUUCCCACAGACUGCUAGGUGGAAGGUAACAUCAAAGGAAGCACUGCACAGGAUAAGUGAAUAUUCUGAAGCUGCCAUUACAAUCAGAGGAACAUAUUUUCCCCCAGGCAAAGAGCCUAAAGAAGGAGAACGAAAAAUUUACUUGGCUAUAGAGAGUGCCAAUGAAUUAGCUGUGCAGAAAGCAAAGGCAGAAAUCACUAGACUCAUCAAAGAAGAGCUCAUCAGAUUGCAAAAUUCAUACCAGCCAACCAAUAAAGGAAGAUACAAAGUUUUAUAAAUGCUGGGAGUAAAUCCGUCUUUUGGUUGCUGAUUUGUGAAUCCUUGUGGUUUCUUUUUAUCUUUGCUGUUUACUCUGCUUAUUGUAAAUUAAGAUGUGUAUGUGUUUUUUUUAAACAUUGUCAUGCUGAAUUUUUUAAAGAUCGGAAUAACUUUAUCCAGGGAUCUUUGUUUUCUGCACAGGUAACAAGUUUGACAGAACAUGAUUUAUUUAAAAUAUUGUAUGCUUUCCAUUUUAAGAAUAAAACCCAUUAUAAUUUUCCUAGAAGACUGUGAUACAACCUCCAUUUAGAAAAUCUUGACUUGGGUUUGGAAGUUGUUAUAGUACUUUUUGGCUCACAAUCUGGAGAAGUGAAACAAAUGCUUUAAAACCAAGGCUGAAUUUUCUUGAUUCCCAAUAAGAUCCUAAGGAAUAAGAUUAUUCCUUAGAAUAAUCCAAAUCAUUUUCUACAAAAUGAGAUAUUUGGAGUUGCACUUACUGUGCCAGGAUAUUCAUGACCUCCCAAGUUUCAUUUUGUUUAAAUAUGGCUGGGAAAGGGGAAUUCCUGUUAAUGACCAGGGAAGCUGCUAAUUUGACCAGGGAAGCAGCAAGAAGGGUCAGUAACUCAUCCCCCUCACACAUAACACUUUUCCAAUUUUAACAGUGCCAUUCUAAGCAGAGUUGUGCCGUUGAUUUCAAUUGACUUAGAAGACUGAAACCCUGCUUAGGAUUGCAGUAUUAAUUAUUUGUUCGUUCAGCUUCUGCUUACUUUUGGGGGGCAGGGACGUUCAGCAUGAUAAUUGGUGCCUGAUUCCCACCCACCCAAGGACAAAAUAGUAACUUGGGCUGUUUAAAUGAAGAAAAUUAUUUGGGGGUUGGAGAAAAGCUUAAACUGCACUGUCCUAUCAAAUAUUUAAUUUUUUGAAGUCAUGAGAUCAAUCAGUCUUUGAUCUCCAAGCAUAACGUAUAGUUUAGUCUUCAGCUUUCUGUAAACAUCUCUUAGGAUUUUAUCCAUAAAUUGUGAAUUUAUUAUUUAGUAAGAUAAAAAUUGUUCUUCCAUAACAUGGGAAACCUUCUCAGAAGAGAAGUACAUAGUCAAGCUUACAUAGUGGGUGUGUGUUUAUGUAAUAUAUUUUUUCUUUUUGCUCUGUAUGUUUAGAUGAUAAAAAUUAGUCAGCUGCCUCCAAUGUUGGUCAUAGACUGUACUGGAAUAUAGUAGACUAUUUUUUACAAGCUGUCCUGAAGACACUGACUGGUGAAUCAGAGUCCCAUUGAUUGCAGCCUAAUGUUCCCUGGUGACCACUCUCUUGUCCUGUUUCUUACAAAAAUUCAAGAGGGAACAUUUUUUCAGCUUCUUGUAAUUUUGGUUGAAUACUGUUUGGUCACUGAUGGUGUAUUUAAACAAUGGCAAUUGCUACUGGAGUUGAAAGUUGUCCAUGAUUAAAAAUCUAUUCUGGAAAGGUGUGUUGCUGUGGGACAAAAAAGUAGUUUUAAAUGUACGAACUUAAUAAAUCAAGUAUUAGAAUUAACAAAGGUAAAUGUCGAAACAUACUCAUGGGCUAGUUUUAUUUGUAAAAGUUUUCCUUUAAAUAUCAUGAGACUUUUCUUUACAUUACUUAACAGAUUUCCUUACCUAUUGGUUUAGAAUUUAUUUUUCACUUUUAAACCUAUAUUAUCUUGCCAUGCAGUGGGACAGUGGCUUUCUAAAAUCUUAAAGCACUUUCAAGGAGUUCUGAAAAUUCACUGGGUAGUAAGGUGAGAAGAUGCAAGGGCAUGAUUUUGGUGUGAAAUAUUUUAUGUUGGUACUUAAGAAAGCCAUUAUGAAAGCGUUUCAAGGUAGACAAAAUUGAACUCUUACUUGUAAUUUUCAGUUUUAGAAUGAAUGCAAGAUUUUUGUAAAGAACAAUUUAACUAUAUAAAUGUUUUUAAAAUUCCUCAUAAAAUAAAAAGUCAUUGUGUAUUC